AUGGCCUUCCAUGGAACAUGGCAGGUGUACGUUCAGGAGAACUACGAGGAGUUCCUCAGAGCUAUUUCACUCCCAGAAGAUAUCAUUAAGCUGGCCAAGGAUGUCAAACCAGUGACAGAAAUCCAACAAAAAGGCAACGACUUCACCAUCACAUCCAAGACCCCUGGGAAGACCGUCACUAACUCCUUCACCGUUGGCAAGGAAGCUGAAAUCACCACCAUGGACGGCAAGAAGCUCAAAUGCAUUGUCAAACUGGACGGAGGAAAGCUGGUGUGUCAGACGGAUCGAUUCUCUCACAUCCAGGAGAUCAAAGGAGGAGAGAUGGUUGAGACUCUGACAGUAGGAGGAACCACGAUGAUCAGGAAGAGCAAAAAGAUGUGA